CCAGACCGUUACUUCUCCGUGUUCCCUCGCAUCUUUUUGCCCGAGGAAAGCGUGUCUCUCGUGCGUCCGGUGUUAAAAGUGUCGAAUCGGUGAACAAGUCCGCGAUCGAGCGACUGUGAUUGUAAACGCGAUGUUCUUCGCUACUCGGCAAAAUAAGUCAUUCGUAGCCAGCGUCCUGUUGUUAACAUAGAGAGAGAAAGAGAGAGAGAGAGAGAGAAAGAAGGAGAGAGAGAGAAUCGUAUAAAUAAGGUUAACAUAUACAUACAACUGAUACGUUUGAUUAGUCGACUGUUUUCGAACACAAGAUGACGAAAUUACCCGAUUGGUGACUUAUAACUUAUUCAUUUGUUUAUUACAAGUUAAAAGUAAAGUUUAAUUCGCCUUUUCGUUCGCGCUAUCGGCCAAGGAGCCGUGUAAUACGCACACAGUACAGAGAGGGCGGGUAGAGAGAGAGAGAGAGAGAAAAUCUCGUAGAUUCCGCUUGCUCGGCCGUCGGUAUAGGUUGCAGCUGCCCCACGCAGGCACCGUGCAUCGAUUCGAGCGCUUCUCUCUCGCGGCCCGACUGGUUUAGCACGCCGGCCGCGGCCGAGUAUCGCGCGCCACGAUACGCCGGUCCUCCACCGCCGCUCCGUGACGGUGGUAGGGUGACGGUUUACGCGACGAGCGCGCGGGUGGGGACGAGGUCGAGGGCGUUGAACAAAGGUUGGAUGCGUCGGUCGGCCGGCCGGCGGCCGCAUUCACGACUCAAACAUGGCAGCGGCUACCAGCGUUGUCGUGCUCGACAGGGGCAACAACACCACCUGCACCAUCAAUUUACACGGGGCCACCGUGGUAUCUUGGCGGGUGAACAAUCAGGAACAGCUCUUCGUCAGUAAGCAAGCUGUGUUCGAUGGAAAGAAGGCAAUUAGAGGCGGCAUACCAUUCGUCUUCCCACAAUUCGGAGCAUGGACGUUUGGGCCACCUCACGGCUUCGCCAGGAUCAUUCGUUGGAACGUGGAGAAAUCACCGGAGCGGUUGCCCAGCGGAGACGUCGAGGCGAUAUUCUCAAUAAUGGACAGCGAAUUCACGCGAUCAUUGUGGAACUCACAGUUUAGGUUAACGUACAGGCUAAUAUUGCGCGAGAAAGAGCUGCACUUCAAUAUCGGCGUGUACAACCCUAGCAGAGACGACACGUUCAGCUUUAAUUUGCUCUUACACACUUACUUCAAGGUACCCGACGUCAGGAGGUGCCAGAUCACAGGACUGCAUGGAUGCACGUUCAUCGACAAGACCAGGGACAACCAAGUCUUCCAAGAAGGCCGCGACGUCGUCACGGUAUGCGAAUGGACCGACAGGAUCUACCAGAACACGCAGCCGGAGCAUAUCAUCACGAAUGUCGUAUCCGGUAGGAAGAUGCGUGUGCAGAAGUAUAACUUUCCCGACACCGUCGUGUGGAAUCCCUGGCAAGAGAAGGCGCGCGAUAUACCGGACUUCGGCGACGACGAAUUUCCCAACAUGAUAUGCGUCGAGAGCGGACACGUUAGUAGCCCGGUUAUAUUGCUGCCAGGAACGGCCUUCGAAGCCAGCCAGAUUCUACAGGUGAUGUGAGUAGAGAGUGGAUCGACAUCGCAUGUCAACGCCGGAGGUGGUAGCAAUCCGCUGCUUCCGGCCGCAUCCUCAGCAUCGUCCGCCGUCUGGCCAGCCGCCGCCGGCGCUGGCUGGCUCUACAUGCCUCCGCCGCCGCCACCGCCGCCUCCGCCGCCGCCGCCGCCACCUCCGCCGUCGCAUCCGUCACACCUGCAUUCCCACUGCGUCGCCCAGACCUGCACGAUAUGCUCCCUGAACCUUUAGAGAUCUCUCGGACUCGAGGAGGAAAAGCCGGUCCGGCCGCUGCAAGCUGACCGAACUCUCGUGAAAGAUUUCCUCACUUCCUCUCUUCCCGCGCAGCCUCCCUGGAUCGCACAGUUUCCCCAAAGAAGGAGAUUUCCACGCGCUACCGUGUAUACGCCGACGAGGAAUACGUGUCUUUCCGUCACGUCUCCGUAGCCGCACGAGGAAGCGGCGACUCGCGUCGGCAAAGAGAAGGCUAGACUAGUUAAUUUCGUCCGGAAUCUGUCUCCCUUCGUUGAGUCGUCCUUGCGUCCUUGCUCAUGCCUUCGUCGUCUUCACGCCACGUCCGUAUCUCGAGGUCACGGCCAGCGAUUUGGACGACGGCCGAUCGGAGAAUGCGCCCGAGAAAUCGAUCGAUCUUUCUCUCUCCGCGUUAUACCAUCGUCCGGAUGAUAUUCAGAAUUUGGACAAGAAUUGGUAAUUGCGUGUAAUCAAUGAUCGCCUUCACUUGUCCCGAUAAUAGCAAUAUUCAGCUUUCUUUUGUUGAAAGCACUUGAAAUCGAUGAAAAUUUACAGAAAGAGGUGUCGGUAUGAGGACGUUACGCGAGAAUGAAGGAUCUCUGUCCUAAAGAAUGUCGUUCUGAAAAGAGAGAGAGAGAGAGAGACGUGUUCGAUCCGAAGUUUCUUCUCUGCGAUCCAUCACGAAUAUCUGCAUACAUUCCAUACACCGCUAACUUAAUUCAGCCCAUCGAAGGAUAUGAAUAUCCAGACGGGACAUGUAUUGUCAUUCGAAACGAGCGAGUUGUUGAGCAAUUUUUGAGUAAGGGGAAAGUCACGUCACGUCGGGUCAUUCGGCUCACGCGUACUUGCUUUAUUUGUAUAAAUUUACAAUACGUUGACAUGCAGCAAGUGCUUUCAAAGAUGCUGCUUCGUAUUUUGCAAACGUUACAAUUUCAGCACAAGCUGAUAUAAAUAAUAACUUGAGAUAAUAAUAAUAAUAACAAUUUGCAAUAAUAAGUAUAACUAAUAAAUGUUACAA